AUGCUCGGCAAUACUCCGUGCCAAGCUCGCCAGCGCCUGUCCAUCGUGACCUCGGCCAAAGGCACUUUCUCUGCAAUUAUUAUUGACUCGUCAACUGCGCUCGUGUCAACAGAAGUGUUGGCCUCUUUGUGUUCUUCUUCCUCCUCUUCCAACUGUUUCAAACUCUCAACAAUAUCUUUUGGCUUCGAGAGUCCGGUGAACUCCAGCACAGAGUUCUUGGACGCACUCUGCGGCGAGCCGUACUCGUCUGUGCGUAUUUUCUGCGAGCGUGCGCUCGAUCCCGGCGUUGAAUUUGCUGUUUUCGUUUGGCGUGGCGGAGUAGCCUCGACUGUGGGCGAGAAUGGCUUGACAAACUCGCGGAUCGGCUGCGUGAACUCCAUCUGUUCCUGCGAGUCAGGUUCUGGAACAGAAAAUGCCUUAACAGGAGCUCUAACUUCCUGGCGAAUCGGCUGGGUAAACUCCAUUCCUGUGUCUGCCUCCUCAUCUCUUUUCACUGGCUGUGUGAGCUCCAUCGACUCGUCCACCGGGUCGGCUGCUCUGAUCGGCUGCGUAAACUCCAUUGGCUGCGAGUUCUCGAUCUCCUCCUCUGGUUCGACCGUCUGUUUCGGCACCGGCUGUGUGAAUUCCAUGGUAUCUUCCUCGUCAAUCUGA